AACGCCGCCACUGCGCUACGCACAGCUUCUCAGCUCUAAGCUGUCUGCCCUCCAGGUACCCCUGGGAUGGCGUGAGCGCUCCCCCAGCAAUGGACCCAUCUGUGACGCUGUGGCAGUUUCUGCUGCAGCUGCUGAGAGAGCAAGGCAAUGGCCACAUCAUCUCCUGGACCUCACGGGAUGGUGGUGAGUUCAAGUUGGUGGAUGCAGAGGAGGUGGCCCGGCUGUGGGGGCUGCGCAAGAACAAGACCAACAUGAAUUACGACAAGCUUAGCCGGGCCUUGCGGUACUACUAUGACAAGAAUAUCAUCCGCAAGGUGAGCGGCCAGAAGUUCGUCUACAAGUUUGUGUCCUACCCCGAGGUUGCAGGGUGCUCCACUGAGGACUGCCCGACCCAGCCCGAGGUGUCCAUCGCCUCCACCGUGGCAAAUGUGGCCCCUGCUUCUAUACACGCCACCCCCGGGGAUGCUGCCUCUGGAAAGCCAGGCAUGCCCAAGGGUGCAGGAAUGGCAGGCCCAGGUGGUUUGGCACGCAGCAGCCGGAACGAGUACAUGCGCUCGGGCCUCUAUUCCACCUUCACCAUCCAGUCCCUGCAGCCACAGCCACCCCCUCAUCCUCGGCCUGCCUCUGUACUCCCCAGCACUGCCCCUACAGGAGCAGCAGCACCCCCCUCAGGGAGCAGGAACACCAGUCCAAGCCCCUUGGAAGCCUGCCUGGAGGCUGAGGAGGCCGGUCUGCCUCUGCAGGUCAUCCUGACCCCGCCCGAGGCCCAAAAUCCGAAAUCAGAAGAGCUGAAUGUGGAGCCCGGUUUGGGCCGGCCACUGCCCCCAGAAGUGAAAGUGGAGGGGCCCAAGGAAGAGUUGGAAGCUGCAGAGGCAGGGUUUGUGCCGGAAGCCAAGGCUGGGCCGGAAGUCCCUCCCGGGGAGGGCAUGCCGGCCCGGCUGCCCGCGGUGGUUAUGGGGAGUGCAGCGCAAGGGAACGGCCUCGCAGCUUCCAGCACUGAGAUCACCCAGCCACAGAAGGGUCGAAAGCCCCGGGACCUGGAGCUUCCACUCAGCCCGAGCCUGUUGGGUGGGCCGGGGCCCGAACGGACUCCAGGAUCGGGGACUGGCUCUGGUCUGCAGGCACCGGGGCCGGCGCUGACGCCAUCCCUGCUUCCUACACAUACAUUGACCCCGGUGCUGCUGACGCCCAGCUCGCUGCCCCCCAGCAUUCACUUCUGGAGCACCCUGAGUCCCAUUGCACCCCGUAGCCCAGCCAAGCUCUCCUUCCAGUUUCCAUCCAGUGGCAGCGCCCAGGUGCACAUCCCUCCCAUCAGCGUGGAUGGCCUCUCAACCCCCGUGGUGCUCUCCCCAGGGCCCCAGAAGCCAUGACUACCACCGCCAUCACCACCCACUUCUGGGGUUGCUCCAUCCAUGCCCUGAACUUCUCUCCAGCCAGCCAUCUCCAGGAGAAACACAGUUCAACUGACAGACUCAUGCUGUGGUUGUGGUGGGUGGGCAUUCUCGGGAAGAAGGAUCUCUCAAUAACUCCUCCACUGAAAACACACAACUUCCCUCUUCUUUGUCAGUCCCCCAGUGGCUGCCCUUACACGUCUCCUACUUCAGUGGUAGGGGCGGUUUAUUUAUUUAUUUUUUGAAGGCCGCUGGGAGGAGCCUGGCCCAACCCUUUUGGGGGGGUAGUUAGGGCAUCUCCCCCAUCUCUCCCCUUUUUUCCCCAAGACGAGGACAAUCAGGGUCUGGCUUGAGAAGGACCUUUCUUUAUUUAUUUCUCAGCCUGCCCUUGGGGAGAUGAGGGAGCCCUGUCUCCAUUUUGGGAUGUGGGAAGAAGAGCUAGUUUGUUUCAUGGUGUUAUUCCUGGCUAAGAGUCCAGGAAGAAUUUCUAGUAUGUAAUGGUUUGGGAGUCUUGGUCAAGGAAGAAUCAAACCCCUGGAAUAGGAAUUACCCCCUCCCUGACCUUUCUCUCAGACAGCUUGCCCUUUUAUCAGCUGACUUUUUGGCCAGGGAGGAGUGCCCCUUUUGUCCUUCUCCCCCUGAGAAGCCAUUCCUUUGUCUGCCAAACUUCCUGGGGUUCUGCCUGUUACCUCCCAAUGGAGGGUUUUUUUGGGGGGUGGUCCCCGUCUGGGGGGCCCCUCCAGCCAGUACUCCAGGUCUUCCUGUCCCUCACCCCCUGCCAUUUUGAUAGUAUAAUCUAUUUUUAAAUGGGGCUUUUCAAUAGGGGAGAGGCGGACAUCUCUUCCUGUAUCUGAUGGGGUGGUGGGAAGAAAGGGAUUUGGGGAGGAAUCUUCCUUCCGCCCCCAAGUGUUUAUUUUUGAUACCAAACGUGUAUUUUCAGCUCCCUCCCAGCCCCCCAAUUUCCUGCAGGCGGGUACAAAGGACCCUUUAAGUGUCCCGGAGUUGGGAGGGAGGAAUGCGGGACAUAAAGCCUGUUCUAUCUCAAUUCCAGGCUGGAGAGGGGGGGUUCAAAAGACUUCCGUGCUCACCUCCUGUCAGCACCGGUCCAGCCCAGGCCUAGGGACCUGGGGGUUGGUGAUUUGGGGGACGGUGCUACACUCGUCUCCACUGUUUGUUUUACUUCCCCAAAAUGGACCUUUUUUUCUAAGAGUCCCAGAGAAUGGGGAAUUGUUCCUGUAAAUAUAUAUUUUUAAAGGUGA